AUGUCGGAGCUCUACGCACACACUGUCUGUCUCUCGCCCAUGGUCCGCUCUGGGACUCUCCCGCUGCGGCUCUUGUCGCUGCGGUACGGCGCGGACCUGGUCUACGGCGAAGAAAUCAUCGACAAGCGCAUCAUUUCGACGGUGCGGGUGCCGAAUGCGGUGGUGCAUUCCGUCGACUUUGUCAGUCGUAACGGCGACGCGGUCGUCUUUCGCACGUGUCGCGAGGAAGCGGACAAGGUGAUUUUCCAGAUUGGAACAGCGGAUGCCGUGCUGGCGCUCAAGGCGGCCGAAACAGUUGCGCGAGACGUAGCGGCCGUGGACAUUAAUAUGGGCUGCCCGAAACACUUUUCCAUCCAAGGCGGUAUGGGCGCAGCGUUGUUGCAGAAACCGGAAGUAGCGUGCGAUAUCGUUCGGACUCUGCGCCGUAACCUGAACAUUCCGAUUUCUUGCAAAAUUCGGCUACUGCCAGACACGAGAGACACAAUCGAUACUGCAAAACGCCUUGAAGACGCUGGAGCCUGUGCGAUUGGCGUGCACAUGCGGCAAGUUCAUGAACGUCCUCGCGAUAAGGCGAGUUGGGAAAAGCUAGCACCUGUCGUGUCGGCAUUGUCGGUACCUAUACUAGCGAACGGCGACGUAUUCAAGCAUGAAGACAUUCACGAUCUUUGCGAAAUCUCGGGGGCGUCUUCCGUCCUCAUUGCUCGCGGCGCCCUCGCCAAUGCAUCCAUUUUCCGGAAAAAGGGACUCCUGUCUGUGGACCAAGUCGUACGAGACUAUCUUCGAGCUGCGGCGGAGGUCGACAAUGUGUUUCAGAACACGAAGUACAACGUUAUGCGCAUGAUCCCGAGUUUCUCCGAGGACGCGUCCGCAAGUGGUACUCAGUGUGGACAGUCGACGGGUACCCGUGUCGUUACUGUGCCUGAGCUGGCUGCAACAAAGAAUGGUAUGGAGAUGUAUUCGCUGUGGAACUUGCAAAACACCUACAAAGAGCAUCAGGACCGAUUCCGAGCCAUGGCUUCAGUGCUAGACAGUAACGCAACAUGUCAGGGGCAGGCCUCCGAAGUAGUCAGGAGUCUGCCUGGUGCGCCUGAGCGGUACGCAGAGGCGCUUCAACCAGAGGACAGCGAGUUGUCAAGCCAUCGCAAUAGAUUUCCUGGAAAGCCAGAGCUUUACUGCGAUGCAUGCAAAAUCCAAUUGCUAAGUGCACAGGACGUGAAGCUGCAUUGCAAGGGUCGAAAGCACAAGAACACGCUGCGUCGACAAACUGCUACCACGAUUUCCAGGCUCGUAGCAAAAGCCCACCUGGAGCAGCAGGUUGCAGCAGCUGACAUUCCGGACGACGUAGGUGUCGGAAGUGUCGCGAGUGGAGAUACAGUGCUGGAUCAAGGGGAUCAGGAAAACCGGAGUUUGAAACGCGCAAGGCGUUAG